CUGUUCAUUCCACUGUGGCGACCUCUGAUAAUAAGCGACUAAGCCGAUAGAAGAUUAAUGAAUUUAAGGCUGGGACAUUAUAAGUAACAACAAUUGGAUGACCUAAAAAUUAAAAAGUCAUCCCCUACUUUAGUUUUUCAGUAGAAAUGUAAUUGAAUUACUUUGUAACUAAUCACACCCAAAACUGAUCUACCCCUAACACACACACACCCUUAGUCUGGAUUCACAAGUAGAUUCGAGUUAGUUGAAGUGUGCUGUAUGUUUCGCAGAGAGUGGAGCAAUGGUGAUGGAGGUUGACCACGAGAAGCAGGUGGUUUAUACAGAGCCGCUGUCUCUUUCUCCACGUGACGCCCCAUCUCUGCUCGCCGCCAUGUUGCCCUCGCAAGAAAACACGGCACAGAGACUGACCUCUCCGAUAGUGUCCACUCAUCUGAACACACGCAACAUCGCCUUCGAGAGAAAUAAGUCUGGGAUUUGGGGAUGGCGCUCGGAGAAGACAGAGGUUGUCAGCGGAUAUGAAGCAAAGGUUUACAGUGCCAGUAAUGUGGAGUUAGUGACUCGUUCUAGGACUGAACACCUUUCUGAUCAGGACAAGUCUAGAAGUAAAGGAUCUAGAACUCCUUUACAGUCGUUUCUGGGUAUUGCUGAGCAGCACAUCUCCAGUACUGGGAGUCAGGUUUCUCAGUGCGCGAGUCCUCAUAAUCCAACAGCGAUCACAGCAGAGGAGUACUUUGAUGCAGAGUUUAACCUGAAUGGCAGAGAUAUUGGCCGGCCCAUUGAACUGACCAGCAAAGUGCAGAAGUUUAAGGCCACUUUAUGGUUAAGUGAAGCUCAUCCUCUCUCUCUGGCGGAGCAGGUGACGCCCAUCAUUGACCUCAUGGCCAUUUCUAAUGCCCACUUCGCCAAACUGAGAGACUUCAUCACUCUCCGUCUGCCACCUGGCUUUCCUGUGAAGAUAGAAAUCCCUCUCUUCCACGUGUUGAACGCUCGAGUGACAUUCAGCAAUCUUUGUGGCUGCGAUGAACCUGUCAGUUCUGUUACUGUGCAAUCUCCACAAGGAGCAACAGAGGCUGGUGAGACUCCUCCACCACUGCAGUGUGAAGUGGACCCAUCGGUGUUUGAGCCUCCUCCAGAAUACACUACACUUGGACCGGGCCGCAGUGAGCCAAUGAGAGACGAGGAUGAUAAUUUACUCCAGUUUGCCAUUCAACAGAGCCUGCUGGAUGCCGGAACAGAGAGUGACCAGGUGACUAUAUGGGAGGCUCUCACUAACACUCGCCCAGUUUCUCAGCCUCCGCUUUACGAGGAAGACUCUCAGCUGGAGAGGUGUGUGGCGAUUCAGGAGUCUCUGUCGUUGGCUGGAGGGGAGAGUGGAGAGUCAGACUCGGGCCCACCAUUAUCCCCAUCUGAUCCCGCUCUCAGUUCACCUCCAUGUUACAGCUCUCUGACGGAGCCUCGGGCGCCCGGAGCGUUUGCUGUGGCCAGCAGUUUUGACGAACAGCUACGCCUCGCUAUGGAGCUUUCAUGCAGAGAACAAGAGGAGAUAGACAGGAAGAGAAGGGAAGAAGAGGAAGAGCUGGAGAGAAUUUUACAGCUGUCUCUAACAGAGAAGUAACUCCAGUACUGCUACAUGUGGGAUUUAAAGGAAUUAUUUAUUGGUUGUGUUAUUAUUUUAUUUUCUGCAACGUUAAAUUAUUCUUUUUCGCUCUUCAUUUCUUUUACAAAAAUAAUAAAGAUGGGAUAGAAAGAGAAACCAAGAGAGAGUGUGCACCAAGAACGGAUUCAAAGAGCACGGCAUGAAAACGUGAAUGAGAUGCUCUCGGUUCCGCUGUCUUCUGAGUGAUGAAGGUCAGCUUCAUUGUACAAUGAUACAGAUGAAAAUGUGAAAAUUAUUUAUGGAUACUGAUGACUAUGGUAAUGCAUAAAGUACUGAAAAUACUAUUGCAUAAAAUGAGUUUACUUAUGAUGGAUGAUAACUACAUCUAAGUAUUAAAUGUUGCUCAAACACUUUCACAACAA